UAAAAUUAUCAUACCAACAUCAUCACUAUCAUCAUCAUAAUCGGUGAAGAAGAUAAUGAACCACACAAUCUUCAAUUCAAUUCAAUACAACCCACAAAUCACACCUGCCUCUCCUUCCCUUCAAUUCUCCCACAAAAACACGCCAUGUUUGAUUCUGCCAAAAACCCAAGAUCAAGAUAUGACAGUUACGGCAGUCAUGUUGUUCUAAACAGGGAAUCAGAUUAUGGGGCUGAAACAGAUGACUCUGGAGAUUCUACACCUCCCUUGUGGAGGACAAGUCCAAACCGCCCCCUGCUUCGUCCUAAUCAGUAUCGAGACUUGUCUCCAGAGGCGAAGACUCAAGCGAUUCUGAGGGGCCAAAUGGAGUUAAUGGAGAUGGUGGGUCGGAUGCCAGAGUCAAGUUAUGAGCUUUCUCUGAAAGAUCUUGUUGAGCAUCCAUUGAGACAAGACAAUUUUAUGGAAGAACAGAGGGUCAAUAUUGAUCAUGAAAUUAGUACUCGGAGAAGAGAACAGGAGGUAUUGAGGAGGAAGAAGAAUAAUGAGAAGAAAUUGCAGAUGAUGAACAGAAAUGGAAUUAUUGAGAACAGAGGGUUUUUGCUAAAUAUGGGUUUUCCAGUUUCUAGUUGGGGGUCUGUUAAGACGACGAAGAAGAAGAAGGAGAAUUUGAAUUCAACGGAUUCGAAGGUUUUGCCGAAGCCGGGGGUGGCGGAGGGAGGUGGAGAGAAGGAGUGGUGGAAGAAGAGGUAUGUGGUGUCAGCCGGGGAGAAUGAAAGUGUUGGAUUGAGUAGUAAUAGUGGGAGCUCUAAAAGCAGUGGUAGCAGCAGUAGCAGAAGUAGCAGCAGAAGCAGUAGCAGCAGGCAUAAAGAUGGUGGUUGCUGGGCUCUUAUCUGCACCAAACAAGGCAAGAUGGCAGAUUAGACAAAGCUUGAGAGACCAUUUAUAUUUAUAUAUGCAUAUAUAAAUGUUUUUGUAAUUCCAUAUUCGGACCUUAUACAUAUAUAGUAGACUAGUAGUCCUAGUAGUAGGAUAUAAUGUAUAUGUUGUUUUUGUUACUGGUGUUGAAUAAUAUUUCAUGACCAUUUUCUUUUUCUUA